UUUGAUUUUUUCACGCACGUAUUUAUAAUUGGACAGCGGUCCACCCACUACCCAGUCAAAACAAUUGUUUUUUUAUUUAAAUUCUGGAUCAUUAAACAUCUAUUGGCAGCAUUUUGAUACGUUGGUGGGACUCCUCCUCUUAUCUUAGCUUGAAGUCCUACUGAGCUGCCCUGCUGGCAGGUGUGAAGUGACUGAAAAUGGUGCUGUUUACCAUGAUAACCCGACUGCGCGAUUCUCUGCCACUAGCAGCAUCAAUGCAGAAUGAUGAAGAGGCCGAAAGAAGUUUGGUAGAGUACCAGCAACAAGCAAAAAUGCUUUUUCGACGUCUCACACCUCAGUCACCCCCACAAUGUUCCAUUGAAACAGGUCCAUAUGUCUUCCAUUAUCUCAUCGAUAGCGACACGGUAUACCUCACCCUGUGCGAUAAGGCUUUUUCCAAACGUCUGUCCUUCACAUAUUUGGAAGAUCUAGCUACCGAGUUCCAGUCGCAAUUCGGGAAGAAAGUACACACCGUAACAAGACCUUACUGUUUCAUUGAAUUUGAUGCCUACAUCCAAAAAGCUCGUAAAACGGUGAUGGACUCACGAAGUCGUAGAAACCUAUCCGCCUUGAACACAGAGCUGCAAGAUGUUCAAAGGAUUAUGGUACAAAACAUUGACGACGUCAUAAACCGGGGUGCCGUGCUUGCAGAUAUGGAUACCAAGGCCCAGAAUUUGUCCAUGCUGUCCCAAAAAUAUAAAAAGGACGCGACCUAUCUUAACUGGAAGUCAGCCUACGCCAAGGCUGCGGCUGGGUUUGUAGUCGUAUUCGUCUUCAUCCUGUACUUUUGGGUGCUAUGAUGAUGAGAGCAUGUCAUCCAUCAUUGUCAUUCAUUCCCUGACUUCAAUUUUCUCCACUUCUGCUGCUCAAUCACUUUAUCCCGUCAUCAAACUCUCGUCUAGUAUACAACUAUUAUACAAUUGAUUAAACUAGGCAACUUCUGGGCAGAAAUGAGUGAUGCGAUGCCAUUAUUAUUUUAACAUGAACAAACAAUUAUUGGUUUUUGUCUCCAAAUCACUGGAAUUGUCUCGUCGGGUUACUUGUAGAUAUAAUAUUGUUAUGUAUUAAUAGAUAGGUAAAGAAAUAAUUUUAUGUUUGCGCAUAAGUGGUGUGGGCAUCGGAAUAUUUCUGAAUAUUUCUGAGUAUAUAAAUAAAGAAAUCUAUAAACUCAUGGUUGAAAUAAG